GACCCAAUCAUCAUCAUCAGACUCCACAGUCCAGUAUUUAACCUUCAAGCGUCUCUCUCUUUCCACACAAUCCUCCCUCGCCGCUUCGCCUCCCGUUUCCGAACCCUCAUCUCAGCCACCGCCUCCCGGUGGUCAUUCUCCGAUCGCCUAUCAACCCUACCUCUCCUCCCUAUGGCGUCGCCCACUGCAGUUUCGGACAACACCGACGGACCUGUCCUCAGUGUCGUCAACAAGCGCCUUCGCGCUCUCCGCAAGAAAUACAGCCGCAUCAUCCAGAUGGAAGAUUCCGUCUCCCAAGGCAAGCUCCUCAACUCCGAACAACAAGAAGUCCUCCGUUCCAAGCCCGCUGUUUCCGCCCUCAUCGACGAACUCGAGAAGCUUCGGAGCCCACUUUCCGGGGCUGUCCAGGAGGAAAUCAGCCUCUCCAUCAACCGUCACAGCCACCAGCAGGCCGCCUCCAAUGACGAUGCUGUCGUCAAUGAAAAUCGUCAUGGGUCUGAAAAUCAGGAGCGAGAGAAGAGUUAUGACGGUGAUUCUGUGGUGGGAGAUCUACUCCAUCUUCUCUACUUUGGGUCCUUGUUUGACGUGAAGUCUCAGGGCGAUUUCACGUCUACUAUGUUGACUAGGACACACGAGAGAGGAUGUUGUUUGACUUAUGACUAUGUUACAGAUGACGCCACGGAUCUGCUUGGGGAGAGCGAUUUGGACUUGAUUUCCAAGGUUGGUAGCUUGAUGAUUUCUCGGCCAUUGGACUCGGGUCUCUCCCACAAGAACGCCUUGCAGCGAUGUAUCCAGCACGCCAAGCUUUGGCUAGCAAAUUCCGACAGCCCGAUUGAGCCCAAAGAUAACGACACUUAUUCCGGUUUGAGGGAAAAGCUGAAGAAGAUAAUGGCCUCAGAUUACUUCACUACUACCCCUGAGAUGAAAGCAGUAGAAGUAGCUGCUGCUGCAGGGAAUUAUGCAUCUUUCCAUGUUCCUGUUCACGGGUCCUUGGUACCCAACUCUGUGCCAGUCCAGGUGGAAGUAUCAAUUGCUCAAAGUCAACAGAAGGAUGAAUACCCUGCAAAUUUUCAUGGUCAUGAAGUGGGUGACGAUCAAUCUAUUCCGGCUGAGGAAUAUCAGAAGGAUGAGCCAGAGAAUGAAAGUCUUAAAGAGGUUGCUUUUCAAGACAUACCAGAAGCAGAAUUGGAGCAAAGUCAAAGAGAAAUAGAACCUAAGGAGCAGCGGUACAAUCCCCGAGGGAACUAUCAAAAUCAAAGAGGUGGCCGUGGUAGUGGGAUGGGUGGACGUAGGGGUUAUUCCAACGGCCGUGGAGGUCGUGGUGGCAGGGGAGUUGGAGGCUAUCAGAAUGGUCGAAACCAGUUUUAUGAUCAACCUGGAAACUAUUAUCCGAGAAACUACUAUAACAAUAGGGGAAGAGGCAGCAGCAGGGGUGGUGGGAACCCUUACAACAACAAUGGCUCUGCAGCUCAUGCAGGUCACAACACCAAUCCCACUGAUGUCGGAGUUGCUUCCUGAUGUCAUAUUUUGUUAGGGGGGUCUUGUUGGGUGUCGUGUUAUCAGCUCCCUUGGUGGGUGAUGUAGUUCCUUCCUUGCAUUCCAUGAACCAUUUUUUGAGUUGAGGAUUGUUGUGGGUGAGUGCAUCAUCAUUAUUCAGGACACCCUCUUUUUUGUAGUUCAGAUGCUUGAUGUCUUUAAUUAAAAGCUCGGAAAUGGGAAGAAGAAAAAAGCUUAGAUACA